AUGAAGACCUUGAAGAAGCAGAGAAUAGAAAAAGUCAGCGUUUAUCAAUUUUUACUCAACUACCUCUUCAUGGGCCUCUUCUUCUCCCUUCUCCUCUUCUUUCUCCUCUUUACGUCGUUCUGGUUUCUCUCCGUUCUUUACGUGGUGUGGCUUUAUCUAGAUUGGGAUACACCAGAGAGAGGCGGUCGGCGCUUGGAAUGGAUGAGGAAGUGUAAGGUUUGAGAACAUUUUAGAGAUUACUUUCCCAUCAAGCUGGUGAAGACAGCAGAACUGCCCCCAGACAGAAACUAUGUGCUGGGCUCACACCCUCAUGGGAUCAUAUGCGCUGGAGCUUUUUGUAAUUUUGGCACCGAGAGCACUGGCUUUUCCCGUCAAUUCCCGGGUCUUCGGCCUUUGCUGUGUGGACUGGCGUGCCUCUUUCGAGUCCCGGCAUACCGGGACUACCUCAUGAGCUUUGGGAUAUGCUCAGUGAGCCGUCAUAGCCUGGACUUCUUGCUGUCGCGGCCCCAGCUUGGCCAGGCUGUGGUCAUCGUGGUCGGGGGUGCUGAAGAGGCAUUGUACUCGGUCCCUGGAGAGCAUUGCCUCAAACUACUGAAUCGGAAGGGGUUCGUGCAUUUGGCCCUGAGGCAUGGAGCCUCCCUGGUUCCUGUGUAUUCCUUUGGGGAGAAUGACAUCUUCAUGCAAGCAUCAUUUAUGAUAGGGUCCUGGCAGAGGGCUUUGCAGGAAGCCUUCAAGAGAUUUACCAGCUUUCCUCCCUGCAUAUUCUGGGGCUCUGGUCUCUUCUUCCCCUGGGGGCUGUUACCCUUCCCUGUGCCUAUUACCACUGUAGUGGGUCGCCCUAUCCCAGUCCCCCAUCAUCCUAAUCCAAGCCAAGAAGAGGUUGACUGGUACCACAGGCUCUACAUGGAGGCCAUAGAACAGUUUGAGGAACACAAAGAAAGCUGUGGAGUCUCUCCUUCUACCCAUCUCACUUUUGUCUGAAGCUCUACCCUUGUGUCACCACCACCCACUACCUCAGCUCUAUACAUUUCCCUAUCCUAGCCCUAGCCCUUUGCAGUACCAACAGGUGUGACCCUCAGAAGUGGAUUGAGACCUGCCCCUGCUUAGAAAACAUGCCUUCUCCCUCUAAUAAAUAGUCUUCCCUCCUCAGCACUCUUCCCUCACUCUGGUCACAUGGAGGAAUAAAUCAAGUAUAAAAUGAGCACCUACUAUGUUACUACUUUAGCUGUGAUUGGCCUAGAUAGAACAUAGGAAUGCCAUCUACCCAGGAGCUAAGAAGCAAUUAGAAAGCUCUAUAUAAAAUGGUGUGAAAUUGAGUGCUAGUCUGUGGGGGAUCAGUAAAGAUUAGAGCCCUCGGGAAAGCCAUCUUGUGAGAUGUGGGACCUGAUCUGGAUUUUGACAGCAUUAGAUAGGUAGAAUCUGGCUAUUCUGAGACCUUCCAAGAUUUAGGUGGAGCUGGGGUAGAGAGAGGAGGGGGAAAAUAUAAAUCUUUAUUGUCUGGGAAGUAAACUUUGUUAGCUAUGGGGGCAGCCUGACAAAGGAAAGCUUUGUUGCCCCCUGGGUAAUAGCAAGAAAUAAAGUUGGUUGUGUAGGGUGGGGUCAGAUUACUUACUUGGAUACUUGGCCAGAGGAAAAGGGAAAGGACUGGCUAUGCUGAAUUUGCCUCUCCCCUUGGAUGAGGUAUUAGAAAUUCCUUGGAAAGGUAGAGGGAGCAGACAGUAUUUGUUCCUAGGAUGGGAGAAUGAUAAAAUUAGAAAGGACCUUAGGAAAAAAAAUCCAGUCUAGUUUUUUCAUUUUACAGAUGGAAACUUCAUUUAGCCUGACAUUCAAGGCUACAUCGUCUGACAGUAACCUAUUUUAUGUCCUACCUUAUCUAUCAGCCUUAUCUCCUUUGUCCUAUACAUAAUUGUACAUUU